AUGGCCUUGCCUUCCGACCGACAUAUAGUUCUAUGUACCAUUCUAAGAUUCGAGAAAGUUAAUCUGAGAAGCGUGAGAAGUAAUGCCAAGAUAGUUGGGACAAUCAUCUGUGUUGGGGGAGCCAUUUACAUGACAUUUAUCAAAGGCACAAAGUUAUUGAACACACAGUUUUAUGGUCAACCCUCAAAAUCUCUCUUUGACACGGCGGGUGAGAAUUUGAAGCUGGGUUGUCUAUUUCUAUUUUUAUACAGUGUUUUUGCGUCAACUUGGGUGAUUCUGCAGGGAUUUUAUGCUGCUGUGUCCUUUUUCAUACAAACCUGGUGUAUAUCAGAAAAAGGUCCACUCUACGUUGCGAUGUUCAGCCCCCUAUGUACAGUUAUUACGACCAUUGUAGCUGGUCUGUUUCUACAUGAAGAAUUAUAUUUGGGAAGCUUGGUGGGUGCUAUUGCUGUGAUCAUUGGCUUAUAUGUUGUGAUAUGGGGCAAAGCCAAAGACCCCCAAAAGAUGAAACAAGAGGUAGAUUCGGAGCAGCCUUCUGAUCAGCCGAAAAUGAUAGAAGUCUGCAUUGAUGACUCUUCAGAGAAGACGAGCUGUAAAAUUGAUCUGGAAGAACCACUUCUGCCACAGAAAUUACCUUAA